UGCUCGUAGAGUCCACACGUCCGGUUCUAUCUUGGCCGUUUUGGUCUUCUCUCUGCCACUUCUCCUUCUUCUUCUUCUGCUUCCUCCUCCUCCUCUUUGCUUCCUCUUUCUCUCUCUCUCUCUCUCAUGCUCUCAGAGAAAGCAAGAGAAUGGAGUAGAGGGGAGGUGGGUGCACAGGUCUUUUUUUCCUAGCCUUUUUGGUGCUCUUACCGGUGUUGUGUAAAUGGGUUGGUUUUUUGGGUUAGGGUUAGGGUUAGGGUUGUGAGUAGGUGAGAGAGAAAGAGAGAGAGAGAGAGAGGGAGGAGGGAGAGGGAGAGAGAGAAAGAGGUUAUUAUACUACCAAGGUGGUGGAUCUCACCUCACUCACAUACUUGGGCUUUUUUCUCUCUCUUUCCACCCUUUGUGUUCCUUCAUAGGGGGAGAGAGAGAGAGAGAGAGAGAGAGAGAGAGAGAGUUGGAGGGAUUGGUUUCAUAGCAAAGUUUAAGCAUUUGACUCCUCUAGUCUCUCUCCGUUUCUUAUUCUUUUUUAAUUCGUAUUUAUUUUCUUCUAUCUAUUCCCCCUUCUAUUUUGGGCACUUGCCCCUUUGGUUCUUCGUGUCGCUUCUCUUUCCUCUUGUCUACAGUGCGAGUCACAAGAGAGAGAAAAAAAAAAAAAAAGAAUCAGGAGAAUUUACAUACAUAAUAAGAAAGGAGGGAUCUUUGGGAGGGAAAAGGAGCAACUUUUGGCGCUAAAGGAAUCGAUUACUGAUCAAAAUAGAGCUUGGGCGCUUUUUCUUUUUUCUAUUUUAAUUUUAAUGAGUUUCGGCGGCUUGUUCGACGGCGGCGGAGGCGGCAGCUCGGGCGCUUUCCCUUUCGGCAGCGCAACGAUGCCCCCCGGCGCCGUCUCGCAACCGCGAACCCUCUCCCCCGCGAUCUCGAAAGCCGGGUUCAGUACUUCCCCCGCCCUCUCCCUCGGCCUGCAAACGAACUUGGACGUGCAAGGAGAGAUGAAUCGCAUGGGAAUUAUGGGCGUCGGAGGCGGCAGCGGCGGCAGAGCGGGGAGCGGAGACGGGGACUCGAUGGGACGGAACAAGGAGGACGAGAACGAGAGCCGAUCCGGGGGGAGCGACAACUUGGACGGAGCCUCCGGUGACGACCUCGACGGCAACGAGAACCCGCGCAAGAAGAAGCGGUACCACCGCCACACCCCUCAGCAAAUCCAAGAGCUCGAAUCAUUGUUCAAGGAGUGCCCUCACCCGGACGAGAAGCAGCGGCUGGAGCUGAGCAAGCGGCUUUGCCUGGAAAGUCGGCAAGUGAAGUUUUGGUUCCAAAACAGACGCACCCAAAUGAAGACCCAGAUCGAGCGGCACGAGAACGCGCUCCUCCGGCAGGAGAACGACAAGCUGCGGGCGGAGAACCUGACGAUCCGGGAGGCGAUGCGGAACCCGAUCUGCACCAACUGCGGCGGCCCCGCCAUGCUGGGCGAGGUCUCGCUGGAGGAGCAGCACCUCCGGAUCGAGAACGCGCGCCUCAAGGACGAGCUCGACCGCGUCUCCGCGCUCGCGGGCAAGUUCCUCGGCCGCCCGAUCUCCGCCCUCGCCAGCCCCAUCCCUCAGAUGCCGAAUUCCUCGCUGGAGCUCGCCGUCGGCACCAACGGCUUCGCCGGCCUCGGCUCCGUCGCCCACACGCUCUCCGCCAUCCCCGAUUUCGUCCCCAGCGCGAUGGUGGGACCCAUCACUCCGCCGCCGACGGCGCACCGAAUGCUCGACGGGCCGUUCGAGCGAAGCGUGUUCCUCGAGCUGGCGCUGGCGGCGAUGGAGGAGCUGGUGAAGAUGGCGCAGAUGGAGGAGCCGCUCUGGAUCCCGACCUUCGACGGCACCGCGGAGACGCUCAACUACGACGAGUACCGCAGCACUUUCCCGCGGAUCAUCGGCCCCAGGCCCUCCGGGUACGUCUCGGAGGCGACGAGGGAGAUGGGGAUGGUGAUCAUCAACAGCGUCGCGCUCGUCGAGACGCUCAUGGACGCAAAUCGUUGGGCCGAUAUGUUCCCGUGCAUGAUCGCGAGAACAAGCACGACGGAAGCGAUAUCCAGCGGAGUAGGAGGAACAAGAAAUGGAGCACUUCAACUUAUGCAUGCGGAGCUCCAGGUUUUGUCGCCGCUAGUUCCGGUCCGGGAAAUGCAGUUCCUGAGGUUCUGUAAACAGCAUGCGGAGGGGGUGUGGGCUGUGGUGGAUGUCUCCAUUGAUGGUCUCAGAGAUCAUAACACUUCUGCCGCUGCUGCUGCUGCUGCUGCUGCUAACACCCCUUACAUGAGCUGUAGGAGGCUGCCUUCCGGGUGUGUGGUCCAAGACAUGCCUAAUGGGUAUUCAAAGGUAACAUGGGUGGAGCACGCGGAGUACGACGAGACGGGAGUGCACCAGCUGUACCGGCCGCUUUUGUCGUCCGGGCUGGCGUUCGGCGCCCGGCGGUGGGUGGCGACGCUCCAGCGCCAGUGCCAGUGCCUCGCCAUUCUGAUGUCCUCCUCCGUCCCCGCCCGCGACCACGCCGCAGCGAUAACGCCGGGGGGCCGGCGGAGCAUGCUGAAGCUGGCGCAGCGGAUGACGGACAGCUUCUGCGCGGGGGUGUGCGCGUCGGCGGCGCAGAACUGGCGGCGGCUGGACGAGUGGGGGUGCGCGGGGGUCGGGGACGAGGUGCGGGUGCUGACGCGCCAGAGCGUCAGCGACCCGGGCGAGCCCCCCGGCGUCGUCCUCAGCGCCGCCACCUCCGUCUGGCUCCCCGUCCCGCCGCACCGCCUCUUCGACUUCCUCCGCGACGAGCGCCUCCGCAGCCAGUGGGACAUCCUCUCCAACGGCGGGCCCAUGCAGGAGAUGGCCCACAUCGCCAAGGGCCAGCACCACGGCAACGCCGUCUCCCUCCUCCGCGCCGGCGCUGUGAAUUCGAACCAGAGCAGCAUGCUGAUCCUGCAGGAGACGUGCACCGACGCGUCGGGCUCGCUGGUGGUGUACGCCCCCGUCGACGUCCCCGCGAUGCACCUCGUCAUGAACGGCGGUGACUCCGCCUACGUCGCCCUCCUUCCCUCCGGCUUCGCCAUCCUCCCCGACGCCCCCCGCAGCAAUCCGAACAUUCCCAAUUCCAACCCCCCAACAUCCGCCGCCCCCUCCGACGCCAACAUCGACGGCAGCAGCGUUGGCGGGGGGUCGCUCGUCACCGUCGCGUUCCAGAUCCUCGUCAACAGCCUCCCGACCGCGAAGCUCACCAUGGAGUCCGUCGAGACCGUCAACAACCUCCUCACCUGCACCAUCCAGAAGAUCAAGGCCGCGCUCCAGAACGACAACAUCAUCUCACCGUAACUAGUCCCAAUCCCCAAAAUAAGAAGAUUUCAUUCGAAAAAAGGAAAAAAAUGUUAUAUUUAAGAUAUAUUUCUGCUCGUAAUAUAUAUAUAUAGAGCUAGCCUUAGGCGAGCACACAUUAGUGGGUUGAGUCAAGAACGAACCGCGACGACGACGACGACGACGCAUAUAUCGUAACCCUUGCUAAGUGCUAAGGAACGCACGUAGCCGAGUGCGUGCGUGGGUGCAUGCAUGCGUGCAUGGUUUUUUUAGCACGAGAGCAAUGGUGGUGGUUCGGGUAUUGACUUGGUCUCCAAACAGUGGCAAUCCCAGGCUUUUGCUGCAUAGUGUUGUUGUUAUUCAAUAGAUGCAUAUUUAUAUUUAUGUAUUUUCAUUAUGCAUAGUUUUUCGGAAUCUCCAAAGGGGGAUAGAGAGAAAAAGAGAGAGAGAUCGAGCUUAUAGAUUGAGUCAAAGAAUCCCCAACUAUGCUGUGUUGUAGUGUUUGAUUUAAGUCAUGAUUGUUGGUUAGUUAAUUUUCCUUUUAAUAUUAUCAUUGUGUACUUUUCCUUUUGUA